GGUGUUAUUGGCACGUUUUGACAAACGAUAGAAGCAGCAUUUUUCAAGUGGAAACAUAAAAUUGUCUAUAUUUUCAACUUCGUAACUACCGGUAAAAGGGCAUAAUUAUCCUGGUGUGGUUCUAAAUAAAAAUGCACACAGAUUUAUCACCCCAUCUUCACACACCGCAUUGUAAUGAACUGAUUGAAGCGUUAAAAAAGUGUCACGAAGAUCACAAGUUGGGAAAAUUUGUGGGAUAUUGUAAUUCAUUUGACAGCGCUGUUGUAAAGUGUUUGAAACAGGAACGUAUCGCUCGUUCAGCUGCUAACAGAGCCAAAGCACGUGAAAGACAAGCAGAACUAAAACGUAGACUCAACGAAGAGGCAUAA